AUGUCUUAUUAUGAUAUUGACUCCAUCUUGACAGAUGCGCAGAAACUGCCCUGCACAUUCGAAUUGGAAGUUCCCGGGCUAGGAAUCCUCGAGGGCAACCCGGGUGACGAUAUCAAAGCCGGAACUCGCAUUGACCUACCAUUAUGGCUAGGUGAAAUGCUUUCGAUCGGUGCCCGUCUAGGCACGUCUCGUCUGGUUACAUUGGACAUGCCAGAUGCGCUUGCAGAACGAGUGAUGAACGCACUCAAGGCCGAUCCACGAACGGUUGAUCUGCGAGCGUUGGCUCCGCACUUUUACACUUUGAGUGAGCGGAUACUGGAAAUCUUCGAGGAAGAAGAGAUGGUAGACGUGUUGAUCAACACCUUCAAGAAACGCGCAGCUGAAAUUUCAGAUCAUGCACACAACCCACGAGGUGCAGUUGGUGAUGGUGUAGAUUUCCUCCGUGGGCUCGAUGAGACGGAAAGGCAAUUGUUUCGUGCAGCCCAUGAUCGUGCGAAGCAGGUGCGAAUCUGGGCUGGAGAGGCAAAGAAGAAGUAG